CAAGUAUUUGAGGAACGGAUUCGAAUGUGUCGUAACAGUGACACGGUAAGAAUUAUAAAGGCACGUAAUGCCAACCUCUGAUAUACAUAAUAAAUAUCGAGAAGUUAAAGAAAACUUUGAAAAUUACUUUAAUACAUUCGUCAGUCUGUUACAUCAUGACCAUCCAAAAAGUCUUCAAUUGGCAGAACAACAUUUCCAAAAUGUAACUUCGUAUAAUUUAUCUAGUGGCAAACGAAUUCGAGGAGUGUUAGUUGUCCUUUCGUAUAUGGUGUUCAGCAAUAAAAAUGAAAACUCUAGGAAAAACUUGUCGUGUGCAUAUCUUAUUGGUUGGUGUGUCGAAUUGUUACACGCAGGAUUCCUUGUUUUGGAUGAUAUAAUUGACAAUUCUACACUUAGACGGGGCCAACCGUGUUGGCAUUGUACUCAGAUAGAUUUAAACCGUGGGUUAAUUGGAGUUAAUGAUGGUUUACAUCUGAUUUUAUCAUCGAAAUACUUGAUCCACUCUUUAUUUGCUGAAAAUCAAAGUAAUGUUGAUUCAUAUUCAUGGAAGGACAAAAAUAACGUAUAUCUCAAAUUAUGCAAAUUGUUUGAUGAAAUUAGUUACAAAACGUGUUCUGGCCAAUGCUUGGAUGUGCUAUCAGCAAAUCCUAAUAAUCAAUGUAUUUUGAACGGAAAACAAAAUAAUUUGGAGUUUGAUAGUUUUGCUCGAAACUACUCAUCAGAUGUCUUUGAAGCUAUAACACACUGGAAGACGGGUUUUUAUACUUUUUAUCUACCUGUAGCGUGUGGAAUGAUUUUGGCUGAAGUUGAUGAUACAGAUGAUAUUUUCAAAAAUGUUCAAUACAUCCUCCUUAAAUUGGGUAACUACUUUCAAGCCCAGGAUGACUAUUUAGAUUGUUUUGGUGACAGUGAAAUUACUGGAAAAGUUGGGACUGAUAUAGCAGAAGGCAAAUGUACAUGGCUAAUUGUUGAAGCGUUAAAAUACCUUUCACCUGAACAAUAUAAAAUACUUAAAUUAUUCCCGCACAGGUCACACGGAAUCUUCGUUUUGUCAUACCCUAGUUCGAAUACUUUUAAUGUGUAGAUAAAACUACAAUCUUCAAACAUUCAAAUGAAGUCCUUUAGUAAAUUUAAGGAACUGUAAUCGAAAAUCUUUUUAUGCUAUGUGGUCUAUUAUUGAAUAUUGUAAAUUUACCAUAUUUUAUUCCAUUCCUAUGUUCUUCGUCCAUAUUCAUGAACCAAUAUACUUCUAAUUUAACCAAUCACCUUAUGUUAUUGAAUACCUGGAUUGUACGUUUUCAGUCUUUCAUGAUGUUAAUGCCUGUACAUGAACAAAAAACAACUAUCCAUCACUAAUUUUUGAAUGAAAAUGAUAAGAAUCUAGUCAUCACUCCGUUCAUCUUGGUAUUCGUAUACUUUUAUACUGGUACGAAUAGUGGAAAAGUUGUAAAUGUUGGAACCAGUUUUCCAAUCAUUACUUAUAUUUUUAUUGUUGCAUUUGUAUAUUCCCCUUAUUGUGAUCUCCCAGUAGACCUAGUAACGAUUGUUUUGAAUCCUCCCGUUUCUCAAUUAUUAUCAAUUAAUUAUGCAUUAUUAACCUUGCUCUCUGCCAUUUACGGCAUGAUUGUGCUUAAAAUAUAAUCUCUUAUUUUUUGUGCUGUAUGGUCAGGCAUUUCAAGUAUAUUAUUAAGUGAGUUUUGAGUGAUAAUUGAAUUGAGCACAAUAGAUAAUAAAUCUACUUUCUAUACGCGUCUCCUAAUUGGCUACUGGGUUAGAUGGAGCUCGACGGUCAAUAAGCAUUGAGGUCUUGGGUGUUGUUCAUUAGUCAGUGUGUCUUGGUAAUUAUUAAGUCACCGGUCCUAUUGGGAAUAUGGGUGAACUAAUCUGUAAUCGGAAUUUUGAUUGGGCAGUAUAACACAUAUGAUCGAUUCGCGUAUCGAUUCAUAAUAUAUGCCACCAGUUAUUCAGUUGUCAAGAUUUAGUCAAAUGCUUGGGUUUUGACGUAUACAAGUAGUAUUGUCAAAUCAUAGAUGAAAUGUUGGUGUUGUGUUGUGUGAUGCGGCAAAUAAGCAACGUUUAUCAUUGCUUAGACCAUUAUUUUUAUUUUAUUUUAUUAAAUUUACAUGGCAGAACUGAAUUUAUUUUGCUUUACUGACUGUCAAAAUUGUGUAUUUAAUCAUCUUAUAUACAUGUUUCUAACUGUAGACAAAUUAUGGUAAACCCGAUCUUAAGUCGCAACAGACUGUUCGCAAUCUCUAUGGUGCGAUCAAAUUACCAGAGAAGUAUUACUUGUACGAAGAACAAACUAAAUCAGAGAUUAUGAAUAACAUUCAGAAGUUUAUGUACCGUGAUCACUUUUCUUUUGAUCCUAGGGAUUUGUUUACUUUUCUUGUCGAAUUACUUUUUCAACGUGUUUGUUAAAGUGUCAUGAAAAUAUUUCAUAUUUUUCCCAUACUGUUUCGCCAAUUUUCUUUACUUACGUCUUUUCUAUCUCAGUUCUCUUCUUCCAUUUCUUCUUAGUUCUACAAUUCAGUCUUUACUUUUAUCGUUAUGACAAUUUUAUUUAAAGAAUUCCCCUUCUUACAUAAUUAUGGUGCAUUUAAGUCUUCGUCAACAUAAUUUUGUCUAAAAUAUUUGUUUGUUUUCUUAAAAUACUGACUUUAACAGCUUAGUAUUAUAUAUAAUUAUAUUUCCGAAUUU